AUGUUUGGAUUACGAAGUCUACUACCAAUAAUGGGUAAAAAGUUGCCAGCUCCUGAAAGUGGAUGGGCUGCAAAGUCGUUACCUUCAAAAAUAUUGUGGUCUACACUAAAACCGGCCACUUCAGCAAUAUGGUGGGGUGCCCUGCCAAUAACUUCUAAAAUUUCCUAUACUGCAACACCAAUAACUUAUAAAAGCAAAUUAGAAGAUCACAAAUUUUAUGAUCAUUGUUAUAAGUUUUUAACUGGAACUUCUGCGCUUUUAGGGCUUAGUAGUAGUGUAACUGGUUGGGUAUUUGGCCCAAUAAAUCAAGUGAUUGGUAUCGCUACCGCUGGGGUGGGUUUUUUUACUGGAGUUAAGGGAAUAUAUGAGAAUAAUCAAAAACUUAAAUUUUAUUCUGAUAUGCAUAACACAACAGUAGAAAAAGUGUAUUUUGCUGUCUCAAAUAUUAAAGAUUUUACAUAUUUUACUAUCACUAAUCCGCAAGGCUUUGACUGUCUAGCAGAUAAAAAAUAUAUUCAAGGUACAUCUCCUAAAUUUGUAUCAAAUAUCCUGACUUUUUUACCUCAACUAUUUCCAGAUGGAAAAGGUAAUUUUAAUGAAGGAAUGAAGAUUAUUGAAGAAGAUCAUAGGCAAGCGAUGUUAAGUAAACGUGGUAAUAUGAGUGACUCUAAUUAUUAUAGUCAAGACAUGUGUUCUUCUAUUGUGGUACCUAGCUUAAGUCAAACUGUACGUAAUAAAUUAGAAGAAGAAUUUUCUCCUGCACUUGUUGAGGCAGCUCAAAAAUUUACAGAUACAGAUAGCUACAUUGAAAACAACUUAGAAAAUUACAAAAAUAGUAUAAAGGAUAAGUGGCUUUAUAAGUUUUAUUCUAAAGAGGAUGCUAUUACGAAUAAAGUGGAAGAAUUAAAAGCACAAGCUACUCAACUUCAAGAUAUAAAAAAUAGAGGUGCAGAAAUAUUGCGAGAGUAUAGUAAUAAUCAUACUCAAGAAGAUUACAAUAAUAAUCCUGAAAACAGCGAUACUGAUGUACAUUAUCCAAGCAGUGGCCAUGAUCACCAUAAUACCAACAGCAUCAUAUAUCAUGAAUAUCAUGAAGUAGAACCGGCAGGAGAAGUAUGGCAUACGCUAGAGCAUGGAGAAGCCGGCGCGGCGGCAGGAUGA